AAAAUUAUUAGAGUUGGUGAAACAAACAUUUGCAAAAAAAACAAAAGUCUCGAGAUUGAGAAAGAUUCAAUUUUCAAUGGAGAAAGUGAAUCAAACCUUCUUCUUGUCUCAUGGAUCUCCAACUUUAAGCAUAGACGAUACCUUAGAAGCAAGACAAUUCUUCAAAUCAUGGACUCACAAAGUUCUUCCUCAAAAACCCAAAUCGAUUUUAGUCAUCUCUGCUCAUUGGGACACCAAAUUCCCAUCUGUCAACACUGUUCUUCAUAACAACACGAUCCACGAUUUCUCUGGCUUCCCUGAUCCUAUGUACAAGUUGAAAUAUGAAGCACCAGGAGCAAUUGAAUUAGGGAAGAGGGUUAAAGAGUUGUUAAUGAAAGAAGGAGGAAUGAAACGUGUUGAUGAAGAUACAAAGAGAGGACUUGAUCAUGGUGCUUGGGUUCCUCUUAUGUUGAUGUAUCCAGAAGCCGAUAUACCGAUUUGUCAACUCUCUGUUCAAUCAAAUCAAAAUGGGAGUUAUCAUUAUAAUAUGGGUAAAGCAUUGGCUUCAUUGAAAGAUGAAGGUGUUCUUAUCAUUGGCUCUGGAAGUGCUACUCAUAACUUGAGGAAGCUUGAUUUCAAUAUCACUAAUGGCUCAUCGAUUCCUUGGGCUUUGGAGUUUGAUCAUUGGCUUAGAGAUUCUUUACUUCAAGGAAGGUAUGGAGAUGUGAAUGAGUGGGAAGAGAGAGCUCCGAAUGCAAAAAUGGCGCAUCCGUUGCCCGAGCAUUUGUACCCGUUACACGUCGCGAUGGGUGCAGCUGGUGAAGAUGCAAAGGCAGAGCAAAUCCAUACAAGUUGGCAACUUGGUACCUUGUCUUAUUCUUCUUAUAGCUUCACUUCUUCCCCUUAGAAGAACAUUUUAAACUUUAUCUCCUUCACUUGUCUUUGACUAAGCUUUUGUGUGUUCAUUUCUCUCUUUAAUAAUCCAAAUCCUGUAUUGUAUACAAAUACAAAUCCUUUAUGUUCUAUAAUGUAUGAAUAUGUCAUGUGAAUUUCAAUAAAUUGUGUUCUUUGUA